AUGCAGAGCUUCACAAUCUUGUUCUCCAUCUUCGUCGGUGUUUGCCUCGUCUUCGCUUCUGGCAAAGCACACCAUGAAGAAGGGCAUUUCGAAUCUAUCGUAGACCAAGCUCACGAAUCAACGGUAGAAAAGACUGAAGGUAACGCUGAGUUAAACGACGAUGCCAAAAAGGCGUUGCUACCCAUGUUGGCUAUGAAGCCAUUGGUGGUGGCUUCUGGUCUGCUGGCUGGUAGCAUGUUACCUAAUAAAAAGAGGCCUAAUCCAAGCCCUGGUAAACCUGUUGAAAACAACGUUGUGGUAGCAAUUGGCAACAGCGAUAACGUUGAGAAAAGCGAAGAUGAAUCAAGGAAAUUAUUGCUACCUCUUCUGGCUAUGAAGCCUCUGUUUGUCGCAAGUAUGUUGGCUGGGAAUAAAUUGCCAUCUCCAGGAAUUGGCAUCACCAUUACUAAACAUGAAUCGGCUACUAAUUCACCGGUUAGCAGUACGACAGCACCUCAACCGACGCCGCAACCGACGCCUCAACCGACGCUUCCACCAAUCCCAACCCCUACGCCUCCAGGUCCAGGUGCUAACACUUGUCCUUCUCUGAACGGUUUCCCUUGUUAUCGGCUUCCAUCCGGGUGCGUCUGUAUGAUCAGUAAUCAAAAACCAUGGAUCGAUGCUCUGAGUUAUUGCGCAGCCAACGGCCGUAAACUAGUCAGCAUCCAAUCGCAAGCUAAGAAAAUGGAACUUCUAACUUAUUUACCUUCUCUGAUCGGCACAGGAGUCGAUGAUAUCUUUCAAUUCGUCGGUUUCUGGACGUCCGGCAUUUACGCUUUGACCGCGUACACUUGGGCCAGCAUCCCGGAAUAUUUUACCUUCACUGAUUGGCGCGCCGGAGAACCAGAUAUUACGAAUCUUCCUCGUGCCACUUGCAUUCGUGCUGUGCCAACAUCUCGUUACCAAUGGGAUGAUAUCGAUUGCGGCCAAUUCUUGCCUUUCCUUUGCGAAUAA